ACGUGGACGUGGAGGUGGACUGGGAUAGAUUUUGGGUAGAAAGAUGGCGGAGACUGGUGAGAAACUCAUGGUGCAGCUGCUGGUAGCGGUGUUGCUCACGGUAUUGGUGGCAGAAGCAGAGGCUGUGGUGAUGUGUAACAUUGAAAUGAGUAAUAUGGAGUUGUGUCGUGCAGCAGUCACAGGAAGGUCGCCUCCUUCACCAACCAGGAAGUGCUGUAGUCUUCUCCGCCAGGCCAACUUUCCGUGUCUGUGCAACCUCAAAUCUGUUCUUCCCUCGCUUGGGAUUAAUCCGAGACAUGCUCUGGCAUUGCCUAGGAAGUGCAAUCUUGUUACGCCACCAGAAUGCCGACGUACUGUCUGAAAUCGUAGCUCCUCUCUUCUGAACAACAGGAAUAAGACGUGACAAGAGUUAAGAGAUGGGUCUAGUUCUUGUCCAGUCAUUUUUCUUUGUAAUUUCUUUCAGAAUAACCAUGCAAAUGAUCUAAACUACGUUCUGUUGCUUAAGAAAAUUUUACAAUACCU